AUGACAGAUGAUUUUGUUACUGGGGUUCUAUCCCCUAUCUACUUUGCUGGUUUUGGCUUAAAAAUCAACUAUUUAAUGAUUGUGACCCAGCCAAAAUGGCAUGUGAUGUUGCUCAUUAUGCUGCUGUUAUCCAUCCCUAAAGUUCUAAGCUCCUUAAUUACCACUUUCUUCUUUGGUAUGUCUGCUCGAGAUGGUAUAGGCAUUGGAUUGCUUCUCAACACUAAGGGCAUCAUGGCAUUGAUCCUGCUAAGCGUUGCCUGGGACAGAAAAAAGCUUGCCACGGAUAAUGGAAAACUGUACCUGUCUUUGCAGGUCACUGGGGAGUUACUAGAUAACUUGACAAGUUGGGAUGUAUUGCUAGCUGCAUUACCUGUUGGUAUAGUUAGUGGAGCACCAAAGGUGAAAGCCAUGGAGUUGAUUGAUCAGUUGGAAGUCACAAGACGUGGGCCAUAUAAUGGGGUAUUUGGAGGCAUCUCUUUUUCUGGUGAUAUGGACAUUGCCCUUGCUCUGAGUACCAUAGUUUUCCCAACUUAUACUCGUUUUUACACAAUGUACCCGUCUAAGGAUGUGAACAAACGUAGACAAUGGGUUGCCCAUCUCCAGGCUGGAGCAGGAAUCAUGGCUGACAGUGAUUAUAACACCUCACAAUUUUAA